AUGCCUUAUUUUAUAGCUAAAGGGAAGACUGAUCUGAAAACACUGAUGGAUACAGUGCAAGAUAUUACAGGAGGAGAAGUUGACUUCAGUGAGCUGGAUAAUGUCCUGCAAAAAAUGGGGAUAGAGCCCUCACAUAAAGAACACUUGGAGCUAAAUAAGUCACUUCCAGUUAAUGCUAGUAUAAAUGUAUAUAAAAAUAGGUUGCUGACUUGUCCAAAAGAUAUAAUAGGGUUGCAGGUUGAUGACCAUGACCUUGACUCUAUUCUUGAAAACAUGGCAAUCAAACUUACAGCUGAGGAACUUAAUGAUCUUACUCCAACUCUACCAGUUGAUGCUAAUGGGAAGUUUGGUGUCAGUAUCUUAACAGAUGGAAUGGAUGGAGUAAAAGCUAUUAGAGGAAAGGUUGAUGUCAAUGACUUGAAAAAAGUUCCAGGAAACAUGGGGAGAGAACUCAAAGAUAAGAAACAUGGGGAGUUGGUGAACAAUCUGCCAAUCAAUGGAGGGAAGGUUAAUGCGAGUAAUUUGGAGAGCAUUCUGGGGGAAAUGAGGAUUAAGCUUCCAGAAAAGGAACAGGAAAAACUGACAGAAAACCUGCUACUUAAUGGAGAGAUUAUUGAUGUCAAUAAAGCAGAUGCUCCUUUGCAAAAUAUGGGGAUGAGCCUUUCAGAAAAGGAAAUUAAUGAUCUGAAACAUGAUCUACCAGUUGAUGUUCAUGGGAAGGUUGAAAUGAAAAAGCAUAUGGAUGGAAUAAAACUUUUUACAGGGCAGACUUGUUCCCAGAGCAGAAUGUUGGAUAAUGUGAAAUCCAUUAAAGCUGCUGGAAAGGUGUAUCAGAACAGAUUGCUGGAUGGUGUGAAGUCUAUAAAAGGAGGAAUGGUUAAAAUCAAUAACUUAGACAAUGUUCUGGAAAACCUGGGAAUUGAACUCACAGAAAAGGAACGUGAAGGUCUGACAGAAUAUUUGCCACCUGAUGCUAAUGGGAAGAUUGGUCUCAAAAACUUGAUGGAAGCAGUGGAAACUGUUACAGGAGGAGAGGUUGAUGUCAGUGAUGUGGGAAAUGUCCUGGAAAACAUAGGAGUAACUGUCACAGAUAAGGAAUGUGGAGAACUGGUAAAAAAUCUGCCAGUUAAUGCUAAUGGGAAAGUCUACAAGAAUAGGUUGCUGGAUGGUUUGAAGUCUCUUAAUGGAGGGAUUGUUAAUGUCAAUAAACUUGGUUCAGUUUUGAAAACCAUGGGAUGGAAACUCACAGAAGACGAAAUUAAGGAUCUCAGAUGCAACCUGCCCACUGAUGUAUAUGGAAGAAUUGCAAUGAAAAAGUUGUUUGAUGGAUUAAAAGCUUCUGCAGGAAAAAAGAUGAAUGCGCAACAUGUACCAGAUUUUGUGAGCAAUUUGGGUGUUGAGCUAACAGAUAAAGAACAAAAGAGGCUGCUGAAGAAGCUUCCAGUUGGUGGUGAGCCAUAA